UCACAUUGAUGGUCAGUUCGAAAUAGUUCCUUCAACAAAGCAGACGUUUUGCGAAAUCGAAAGCACAAUGAACCGUAUCCAAUGGUUUUUAAGUGUACUUUUGGUUACGGCCUUGUUUAUGGGUGCGCGUGCCGAUAGUGACAGCGACAGUGACAGUGGUAGCGGCAGUGAUAGCAAUGAAAGUCGUGGCAAGCACCACAAAAACAAGGGAAAAUCUCCGGCACCAUUGCCCUACUAUCCCCAUCCGGGAUAUCAUUACAAUAAUCCUGUUUAUGUUCCACAACCUGCCCCGGCACCCUAUCCCUACUAUCAACAACCACCACCAAUGCCCUACUAUUAUGGUUACCAACAACCGCCACCACCACAACCCAUUCCCUAUGGUAAUCCUUAUCCUUAUGGCGGUUAUUACAAUCAACCUCCACCACAGGGUGCCGCAGCACCACCACCACCCAGCGGACCUGCUCCCGGCCAAUUACCCCCCGCCACCCAAGGACCUCAAGGAUAUCCUGGCAUUCCCGGUGGCACCAGCACAAUUAAUCAUUCGUUGAAGGUUAACAAGGAAUACAAGGAAGAUGGUCAUCACUACAGUCCCGAUGCUCCCAGACCUCAAUAAAUAAUGUUUUUAGAAGACCGGACAUUUUUAAAAUAAUUUAAUAAAGUGAUUUUUUGAACAGCA